AUGGUGUCUUCAGAAAUCGUUGUCGUUGGGACUUCUCUUCUUGUAUUCUUGUCGGCAGGACUAUUUGUGUUGAAGACGAAGAACGAGUUGGAUCAAGUGUGGUCAGAGUUCGAUGACCAGGUGCAGGAGGUGACGGUCCUCCGAGAUGCCACGUGGCAGGAUUUGAAAUCUCUUGCUUCCUCGAAAAAUAUCCCGUUAGACAGGACCAAGAGACAAAGUUAUUAUGAAAAAGUCGCGGAUUCCUAUGCACUCCCACCGUCACUAGGCGUGGAGGCACAUGCGCCGUCAAUUUCUCCAGAAUGCAACUGCAACCUGGAGAACAACAACUGCCCCGCUGGUCCACCAGGUCCAAAGGGUGCACCAGGGGGUGACGGAGCGCCAGGAGACACUGGCCCACCCGGAAAAAUGGGGCAGAACACAGGAGACGUGCAGACGAUGUACCAGGACCCUGGAUGCCAAUACUGCCCGGCUGGAGAGAUGGGACCGCCCGGAUCACCCGGAAAACUGGGACCAAGAGGGCAACGUGGACAGAACGGUGCAGCUGGAACGCCUGGAAACAACGGAGCGCCAGGACACAAUGGAGAGCUAGGGCCAUGUGGACCACCAGGACCCCCAGGACCUGCUGGAGCACUUGGAAGACGUGGAAUGGAUACGGUGAGAGAGAAGGGAGUACGAGGACCCAAAGGAGCACCUGGACCUGUUGGAGCUGUUGGAAUGGAAGGUGAAAGAGGCAAUAGAGGAGGCCUUGGUGUGGAUGGACCAGUGGGACCUGUUGGAAUACAAAGGGAACCUGGAAGAGCUGGGCCUGUUGGAGAUGCUGGAGAGGUUGGAGUCGUUGGACCAAAUGGACAAGAUGCCUUGUACUGUCCAUGCCCGAAGCGUGUCGCAGAUGGGGCCGGAGGUGGGGUAUACCAGCCGUACAAACAGUGA